AUUUUUGAAAAAAAAUUGAUAAGAACAAAACGAAAUUUUUGAAAUUCACAAUGAUGAAGUAAUUUUUUCAUGAUGUAAAUUUAAAAAAUACUAAAAUGCGUUAUGUUUAUUAAAUUUAAGGUUCUAAUUUAUUGUUCAACAUUUAUUCUAGUCACGCUUUUUACAAUACGUAACAAUGUUAUUGAAGCAACAAAGGGAACACCCGAUGGCAAAACAUGCUUUAGUACAGAAAGCAUUUCACUAAACACCACGUACGAUGACGAUAAUCAAUACUUCUAUGAUGAUUCCAAGAAAAGUAAUAACAUCAACAGACUACAGUCGAUUCUCGGGGACUAUAUUUCCAAAGGAAAUAAAAAAGCGAAAGAGGUGAACGAUGAAUUGAAGUUGAUGUUCUCGAAUACCGAAGAAUCCAUAUCGUUUAAGAAACAAGAUGUAGAAAUUUUCGCCACUGUAAUGGAUGAAGAUACAGCCGUUCCAGUCGUGCCUACAUUUCGCACCCAAUCUAGUUCUUCGUCUAGUCAAUUCGAUACUAAGAAAUUCGCCAGCAGUAAAAAUGCGUCUGCCAGUGAUGAAUGGAAACACGAUGUAAUAACAGAUCUCAACGAAACUGAAAUUCAUACAUUCCACGAUAAAGAUACGGUCGAAAGUGAUAUUAAACCGGAGAAGAGCAACGUCACAACAGAUCAAACGGUUAAUAUACCUCUGUCACCGGAUACCUUCAAACCGGUCAAUGAUUCGGGUACCAUUGCUGAUCGAGAGGAUAUACCAUCGUUUAGAGAAUGGACUGAGAAGCAUCUUGCCGAGGAAGAGAAAGAAAGAGGUGACGAUAACAACACAAACAUUUCAACCAAUGGUAAACGUCCCAAAGUACGUAAUAAAAACUACGCGUCGUUGGACUGUGGAGCUAAAUUAAUCGCCACAAAUCCGGAAGCCAAAUCAGCCGGAUCUCUUUUAUCAACCAACAGAGAUGAAUAUCUACUUAGUCCGUGCAAUAGUAAAAUUUGGUUUGUCGUUGAACUCUGUGAGGCUAUUCAAUUGAAGAAGGUCGAAUUAGCCAAUUUUGAAUUAUUUUCAUCAUCGCCGAAAGAUUUCUCGGUUUUGGUAUCGGACAGGUUUCCAUCUCGUGAGUGGACGACAGUAGGCCGGUUUCUUGCCACAGAUGUAAAAUCAGUACAGAGUUUUAAUCUACAGCCGCAUCAUUUCACCAAGUAUAUCAAAGUUGAAUUUCAUUCGCAUUAUGGAAAAGAACAUUUCUGCCCGCUUUCCAUAUUUAAAGUUUAUGGGACCAGCGAAUUCGAAGUUUUGGAAACUGUAGACGAAGAGCUAGAGAACGACGGUAUCGAAAACGACGACGACGUAACCGAGCCGAUAAUAUCGGAUCAAGAUCAAAAAAACAAGAAGAAAGAAUCGUCUAAUAAUUUAUUCGGUAGUGCCAGAGACGCUGUAAUGAAUAUCGUGAAAAAAGCAGCCGAAGCUUUGGUCAUCACACCUUCUCAAACUGGAAGUGCUCUCAGUAACGAGACCGUAAUUAGUCAAAAUCGUACAAAUUUCACUACGACGAGGGAUUGUUUCACUCCCAGAUAUUCAGUGCUCUGUAAACAAUGUUCGGAAGAAUUCUUUAAUAAGGUUUAUUCGAAAUUAAGUUGCUAUUUAAAAGAGCUCCACGAAAUGCUACAAAUUAACGUGAUUUGGAAACCUUUGCUAAAAUACCACGUCUGUUUCUCAUUCGGAAUAGCUCCAAUUUACGUGAAAGCGAAUUUCCUGAAUUUCACCAGAUCCAACGAUUUCUACGCCUUGCGUCUUCUACCGAAAGAGAUGUUGGCUGCUUUUUGCAAUCUGAUCGCUAUAUCUGAGAAUAAAGCUAAACUGAAUAUGACAAAUGGCGAACUUCUGUUACCCAAUCAAACGCAGAAGAAAUGUGAUAAAUCUCCGUUAUUAGAUUCCGUUUAUCAGAGUGAGAUUCCUGUCAGUGAAGUUGCAUCGCCGUCUUCGUCUUCUUCAACUUUCAAAAUCGUCGAAUAUACUACUUUGACGGAUGACUCGUAUGACGAACAGAAGCUUUCUUCGCAGAUAAAGCCGACGAAAACAUUGGCCAGUGAUUCGGAAAUUCCGUUUAUUUUGAAAGAUCCUGCUAUGGCUACGGUGAUACCUAACAUAGCCGUUAUACCGGAAAUACCUGCUGAAAUUGAGAGUAAAACGCCGGAAAGUGAAGACAACGAACCUAUCAAAGAAGUCGAUCACAGCAGUGUAGAAAUCGUCGAAGAUUCGAAUUCAUUAGAUUCGUUGAUAUCGGAAUUGGAAAAAUCUGAAGCCAGUCAGCAAAGUUCUUCAACUUCUACGCAAACGUCCACACCUAAACCUCCUUUACAGAAAGAAUCAGUAUUUGUUAGAUUAGCUAAUCGUAUUAAAGCUCUCGAACGUAAUAUGUCUUUGAGCGGACAGUAUUUGGAAGAGUUGAGUAAACGAUAUAAAAAACAGAUCGAAGAAGCCGCCGAAGAUCGUCAGAAAAAUCUCGAAAGAGAGGCUCGUAGAUCUCAAGAAAUUAAUACUUUAUCUCAACACGUUGCCGAGUUGACAGUCGCCGUUGAUGCUUUGAUCGCCGAAAGAGAUAGUUGGAGUUAUAAGUUCAUUAUGGUUGGCGAACAUAGUUUGAUUAUUUUCAUCGAAAUUGUAAUAUUUAUCGCGAUCGUUUGUCUUUGUCGUGGUAUUCCGAACGUUGAAAUUUCCAAACGUAAGUUUAGUUUGGAGUGGCAUCGUAAUAGACCAUCUCAGGAUGAUAUAUCUUCGGCCGGUACGUCUGUUAAACGAAGACAAUCUUUGGACGAUUUAAAUAUCAAUAAAACGACCAAACCGCAGAAAAGACGUCCUAGCGAAGAAGCUUUGAAAAUAGACGGCGCAACGCACCAAGAUUUACUAAUCUACGAAACAAACCGCAGUUCGAGAUCGGAAAACCGUCGCAAAAGAAGAAAACGAAAAGAGCUUUUAUUAAAAUCGAACGCUAACGCUAUUAAUUUAGAAACCGGUGAUAAUUUGAUGAAUAGGAAACCACUGCUGAAUAAAUUUAGCACCGCUCCUCUAUCUAGAAGCGCUUCUGCUUCCGAAAUAGACGAACAUUCUUGGGGUAGAAUCGAUUACAGCCGAACUAUGCACGUUGAUGGGAAGAAACCAACGACCGAGAGCUACAGACAAGACGAAAACAAAUACCCGCCGCCGUUUUUCAAAACGGCUACUUCAGUGAGAAAUAAAAGACUGUCAGGACAGCUAAACGGGGCACCGAGUUUAUCGCCUGUUUACGAUGUAUCUAGUGAUCAAGAUUCGUCUCUACCUUCAACACCGGUUAAAGAGAAGAAAGUUAACGGCAUUAAGAAAAUGGUGAAGAGGUUUUUCUAGUAGUUUUUUUAUUUUUCAAUUUUUUUUUACGAGGGGGUGGCCAGGGCGAAGGGUUUGAAGUGACUAGUUCACAUUUUCUCAAAAGGGGUGUAGAUCUGUUAGUAAUUUUAUUAUUAUCGGUGUAUUGUUUCUUUCGAGUUUUGUUUACUUUUUUUUGUCUUAUUUUGUAACGAAUAAAUGUUCCUGUAUGCGGUAUGAUAGUAUUCGGUAAUAGAUGUUUUUUUCAUUCA